CAGACAGCAUUAGAGGAGCCGGAAAGUCCACAUUUUAUCGACUCUGACUUCCAGCAUGUGCAGUCCUUGCUAUCUCCUAUAACGAGCUUGCAGUUUGUAAAUGGUGCCUGCCUUUUUAGCCAGGAAUUGAACAGGCACUUGUCCCGUCCAGCUCCGUGGUCCUGUGCUUUCUCCUGGAAGCAGCUCGUUUGACUGCACAGAUCCCAUUUUUAACGUCAGUGUAAUGAACGUAAAUAAAGCGAGCAGAAUGUUUGAGAGCGGAUGUAGGCGCAAGGAUUGGUGGGCUCUGUAGUUUAUAGAAAUCUGCUUCCUCAUAAAACCCACGGUACAAAUUCCACGUUAGCACCGUAGUCGUUGGGGGAAAGAAAGUUAGAAAAUUGACUUACCCUCAGAGCGUACGUGACCCUCAUCACCAGAAUAACUUUAUUUCAAUAUGGACGUCCUGAGGUUUGCCAGUGGUGGAUGGUGAUAAACACGCCUGGAGGAGAGAGUAUAAAGGCUAGGGAGAUGGGUCGACUUGAUGGAAAAGUGAUUGUACUCUCCGCAGCAGCACAAGGCAUUGGACGAGCAUGUGCAAUUGCAUUUGGAAAGGAGGGUGCUAAGGUUAUUGCUACUGAUAUAAAUGAAGAGAAACUAAAGGAAUUGGAGCAAUAUUUCGGUAAUCGAUCUGCUUGCUAUUUACUUUUGCCAUCUUCACUUGUUUACUGUGCCUGCUUGUUUACUUGUAAGUGUAUAGGUGUUCUUUUGUUACUGCAGAGAUUCGCUAAAACAUGCUUUGUUUUUCCUCCCUUUCAUUUUUUAUUCUUUAUUUACCUUAGUUUUGUUCAUCAUGGCACAAUUCUGGAUUGUGAAGACAAAGAUUGGGACUUUACCAUGAAUCUUAAUGUCCGCAGUAUGUAUUUGAUGAUCAAAGCCUUUUUACCGAAGAUGCUUGCUCAGAAGUCUGGCCAUAUCAUCAAUAUGAGCUCGGUUGCAUCCAGUAUCAAAGGUGUUGUAAACAGAUGUGCGUACAGCUCCUCCAAGGCAGCUGUUAUUGGAUUGACCAAGUCUGUUGCUGCAGAUUUCAUUGAACAAGGCAUCGUUUGCAACUGUGUAUGUCCAGGUACUGUGGACACACCAUCCCUGAGAGAGAGAAUCCAAGCAAGGCCAAAUCCUCAACAGGCUUUGAAAGAUUUCCUGGACAGGCAGAAGGCAGGUCGAAUGGCCACUGCUGAGGAGGUUGCUCACCUUUGUGUAUAUCUGGCAUCUGAUGAAUCAGCCUAUGUCACUGGAAAAGAAUUUAUCAUCGAUGGAGGAUGGAGCUUAUGAAUAUUAUAUUGCCAUGAAUGGUGAAUAAUGCAAUGAUCUCAAUCACCAAAACCAGUUUGUGGUUUGGUUAUGACAUAAACUGGAGGUGGUAUUCUUUCAAUUAUGAAUGGACGACUUGUAAUUUUCAGUUCUGUAAAUUUGAUAUUGAUUUUUUUUUUCAACGUCACUCCCCAUGUAGGGCCUAUUUCAGUGUACUGUAGUUUAACCAAUUGCCUACUACUUGCCAAAAAUGUAUCUCCCUGAUGAAACUUUCCAAAUCAGAUUGCACCAUUGGAAGCUUGCAUUUAUAAAAUCAGCCAUUCAGGAAUAAUACAGCACUGAAGGAGGCCAUUCAGCCUAUGUGGCUGUGCUGGCUCUGAAAAAACAAUCCAGUUGGUGCCACUCCCCCGUCUUUGCCCCACUCCAACUAGUUGUCAAAGUUGUUGUUGCUCAAUCUGCUUCCAUCACCCUUUUGGAGUGUUCAUUUCAGAGCUUAGCAACUUGCUGCAUAAAAGAUGUUUGUUUCCCAUCUUGUCUCUGCUUCAGUGCCAGUGCUUUUAGUCUGUGGCUCCUGAUUAUCAAGCUUUAUUCACCUCAUUGUUUUAUCUCAAAUCUCCUCUCAACCUUCUGUGUUGUAAGGACAGUAACCCUACUUUCUCCUGCUUUUCCACAUAACUGAAUAUGUUCACCUGGAUGCAUUCUACUCAAUUUCCUUUGCACUAUUUCUAAGGCCUUGACAUCCCGUGGUGCCCAGAAAUGAUGUAAAUGCACCACUCGGCAAGAAAAGACUUACAUUUAUAUAGCACCUUUCCGGACCACUGGACAUUGCAAACUUGCUCCAACCAAUAAAGUACUUUUUUUUAAUGAAGUAGAGUCACUGUUGUAAUGUGGGACAUACACCAAUCAAUUUGAUCAUAGCAAGAUCCUGUAAACAGCCAUGUGACACUGACCAGGAGAUUAUAGCAAUAGAAUCAUUAUGUGAUUUUGAUUGAUGGAUAAAUAUUGACCAUGACGCCUUGGAGAUCUCCCCUGUUCUUUUCUGAAAUAGUGCAAUAAGAUCUUAUUAAUCCACCUGUGAUAUGAGGCUGAGCCUCAGUUCGAUAGGUUACCCAAAAAGCUGAUCUCGACACAUUACAGCACACCUUCCAUACUGAACUGAUGUGACAGCUUUGCUUUUGUGCUCAAGUCCUGAAGUGGAACCUGAACCUUUAAAGUGCUGUUAAUUGAGCCUGAGCUAACACUUAAAAGGUGUAUUGUAAGACUGUGCCAACAAUCUCCACAGUUUCCACUUGUACGCCCCUUAAAUAAACCAAGGAUGCAUCCCAUUCAGACCAGGCAGCUUGUACUGUGACCUUGAUCGUAAUCCCUUCUGUAAUAUUGCUGAAAAAGACACAUUUGAUCAAAGGCACAUUGGUUGUCAGUUAGGCUGGCAAUGUGACAUACCCACAUGUGUUGAAAGCUACUUAUAUCAAUACUCAGAACCCUCUUCUUUACAGACAGAAAGAACACAUCCACACAUUGCACCUGUUUAGAUUCAAUAAAAUAGGUGACUGGUUCAUUUCUUGGAGCAAUGCUUGAACUAAUCAGAGGCAACCUAACCCUAACCCAACCUUCCUGGUUUAAAAUUUAAACAAAAUUUGGCAGUUAACUAUCAGUUAAUAAUUGGUGCAUUCUCCAUGCAAUGCAUUUACCAAUCAAAGUCUACUAGCCAACCAAUCAGCAUUCUCUUCUCAUACAGUAUGUUUGUUUUCCCUUUUAUUGGUAUUUCUUCCAUAUUGUCCUGAUGAACGCAAAAUGAAAAGCUUUUACAAAAUGUGCCUUUUCUCAGCAAUACUUAAUUCUGUACCAUCAAACGACUAUCCCCUUCUUUAGUGAAUAUAAAUAAAAAUAUAUCAUUAUUACAUCAUCUAACACUUCACACAAGAUUAUUUCCUUUUCGUCCCUAAUUAACUAGACCCAUCCAUGUUUAUAAGAGAGUUUUGAAUUAUGUUCUCUUCAUUCUCUUUGGCUGUCAUUUCCUUUUUCACCUUUUCCCUGUUUCUUUGACAUUUAUUAUAAGUUUUGCCUUUUUUUGUUUCACUCUUUGGCAUGGGUAUUCCAAUGAUCAGACAUUUAGUUCAACGUUAUAGAUUCAACUUGCACACAGGGACCAUGCAGAAACCCUGACAUAGCUAACUCUGAUAGAAUUGUCUGAGAAACUGAGAAUUACAAUGUGAAAUUCCCCUGAAUAUGGAUCCCACCAAAAAAAGCCCAUUAAAGUUGGAGAGUUUUGGGACGUUCUGAUAUAAUGUAGCCAGGAGAGGUUAGAAGAUCAAAGAAUCUACUCUAACUCUUGGGAAACUAUUAAACUGAACUGCUAAGUCGGCAUUAAUGAACUUUCCUCCCUUCUCAAUCUAUAUCCAGGUAACUGUAGCCCCUCAAUAUCAUUACUGUAAAGACUGUACAUUUUUCUGUGCUUUAAUCCUCUCAGCUGAAGUCCAGUUCUGGGUGCCACACUUUAGGAAGGAUGUGAGUGGUAGUAGAAAGGAUGCAGAAAGACUCAUGAUGAUCAUUCCAGGACUGAGGAGCUUCAAUUACGAAGAUAGAUUCGAAACAUUGGGACGGUUUUUCUUGGUGAAGGGGGAGAGAUAAUUUGAUGGAGAGGUCUGAACAGAGGAAAUAGAAAGAAACUGUUUCCACUUAUGAAACAAUCAGGAGCAAAAGGGACCAGAUUGAAAGGUAAUUGGCAAAGGAAGUGGAUCAACACAAGGAAAACCUUGUUCACGCAAUGAGUGGUAAGGAACUAGAAUGCAUCGCUGAGGCAGGUUCAAUCAAAGAUGAAAAGGAUUUUACACAGUUAUAGGGAGCUUUUGCAGAGGUGAUGAACAGUUUGUGUGAUCAAAUUCCCACUCUUGGUAGGUCUGUAGUAUACAUUAGCAGUAUAUAUAGUCAUCUAUUGUCUCUUAAUUCAAAACAAUACAUUCUGUCUUUGACCCCUCAGAUGCAUUAUCAUUUUUUAGCACUGCAACUAUAUCUUUGAUCAAAACUGCCAAACCCUCUCCUUUACAUUCUAUAUCGUUCCUGCAUAUAUUAUAGUUAGGGUGAUUUCUCUUCGAGUCAGGCCCUGUUUGUAAUCCCCUGUGACAAGAUGCACCUUUAGUAAUCAGUCAUAUUUACCAUACUCCAUGUGUUUACGCUCACAUGCUGCCCAAUCUUCAGAAAUGGUCUAGGCCCGAAACGUCAGCCUUCCUGCUCCUCUAAUGCUGUUUGGCCUGCUGUGUUCAUCCAGCUCUACACCUUGUUAUCUCAGAUUCUCCAGCAUCUGCAGUUCCUACUAUCUCUGCUGCCCAAUCUUGAUCUCUUUCGCCUUUGGCUGAUCUUUCCUACUUUAUUGCUGUUCUCCCCUCCAAUCUUCUGUGCACGUCCUUACUAAUGCUUUAACUCAGUGCCCCCUUCCCAUUGUUUCUUUAUCUAAAGUCUUUAUCACAGAAUUAGUUAACCAUUGUAUGUCAACAUUGAUCCAGUCCUAUCGAGGUGCAAGAACAUCCCCACUGCUCCUGACUGGUUCCAAUCGGAAGUUCUCCAUCCUGCUGCAUUUUCCACAAAUCUCCCUUAACUCCUGUUCCCAUAUUCAGGAGCUGUAACUGUUUUUCUAAAGGUCAUUGGUUAUAAUGUUAACCAUAUAUCAUGGGUGUUAAUGUAUAGAAUCAUAGAAUCCCUACAGUGUGGAAACAGGCCCUUCGGCCCAACAGGUCCACACCGACCUAUCCCCCUAAUCUACACAUCCCUGAACACCUGUUGGCAAUUUUGUGUAAAAUAUAAGUAAGCAUCUUGGCAAUGUGUCAGUGACCAAGAUAAUUUGAGCAGACUCGGCCUUAUUGCUCUGGAGAAGAUCUUUAAAAUUAUGAAGUAAUUUGAUAAAUUACAGUUUCUGCUUGUGAAAAAAUCUGGGAUGAGAGGGAAUAAAUAAAAGACAACUGCUACUA